UGCGGGAGAGCCUCCGGCCGCGGCGAUGCGCCGGGAUCGCUGCCCCGGAGCGGCGUCUCCCUCCCCGGCGGAGCAGCGCUCGAUUCUUUAUCUUUGUUCAGGAGCCUAAGGUUGCUUGUUGAUCAUAAGAAGAUGAUUCUGUGGCUCUUUCUGGUUCUGUCAUCUCCAGUUUCUUCUACAACUGCAGAUGCUGAUAUAUCUGUGGAAAUUUGCAAUGUUUGCUCCUGUGUAUCAGUUGAGAAUGUACUUUAUGUCAACUGUGAGAAGGUUGCAGUCUACAGACCAAAUCAGCUUAAACCACCAUGGUCUAAUUUUUACCACCUCAACUUUCAAAACAACCUGCUAAUUAUUCUAUAUCCAAAUUCCUUUCUUAAUUUUACACAUGCAGUGUCCUUGCAACUGGGUAAUAAUAAGUUGCAGAACAUUGAGGGAGGGGCCUUUAUGGGUCUUAGUGCAUUAAAACAGUUGCACUUGAACAACAACGAAUUAAAGAUUCUCCGGGCUGACACUUUCCUUGGCAUAGAGAACUUGGAAUAUCUCCAAGCUGACUACAAUUUAAUCAAGUUUAUUGAACGGGGAGCCUUCAAUAAGCUUCACAAGCUGAAAGUCCUGAUACUUAAUGACAAUCUGAUUUCAUUCCUUCCCGAUAAUAUUUUUCGAUUUGCUUCUCUAACCCAUCUGGAUAUACGGGGGAAUCGAAUACAGAAGCUGCCAUACAUUGGAGUUCUGGAACACAUCGGGCGAAUUGUUGAACUGCAGCUGGAAGACAACCCCUGGAAUUGUACUUGUGAUUUGUUGCCUUUGAAAGCGUGGCUGGAGAACAUGCCCUACAACAUCUACAUUGGAGAGGCUAUCUGUGAAACACCCAGCGACUUGUACGGAAGGCUGCUGAAAGAGACCAAUAAGCAGGAGCUGUGCUCCAUGGGGACGGGGAGUGAUUUUGACGUGCGCAUCCUGCCUCCCUCGCAGCUGGAGCCCGGCUACAGCACGCCCAACGGCCACACCACUCAAACAUCAGUGCACAGAUUAGUCACAAAGGCACCAAAGACUACAAAUCCUUCCAAGAUCUCGGGGAUAGUAGCAGGCAAAGCUCUGUCCAGUCGCAAUCUCAGUCAGAUCGUAUCUUACCAGACCAGGGUGCCUCCUUUAACUCCUUGUCCGCUCCCUUGUGUUUGCAAAACUCAUCCUUCAGACUUGGGAUUAAGCGUAAAUUGCCAAGAAAGAAAUAUAGAAUCGAUGGCUGAACUCGUACCCAAACCUUUAAAUGCCAAGAAACUGCAUGUAAAUGGCAAUUAUAUUAAGGAUGUGGAUACUACAGAUUUUGCUGAGUUUGAGGGGCUGGAUUUGCUACAUUUGGGCAGCAAUCGGAUUUCAGUGAUCAAAGGAGAUGUUUUCCGCAACCUUACAAAUUUACGGAGAUUGUACCUCAAUGGCAAUCAGAUAGAGCGUCUGAGCCCAGAGAUGUUUGCUGGCCUCCACAAUUUGCAAUAUCUGUAUUUGGAAUACAAUGUUAUCAAAGAAAUCCUAGCAGGCACCUUUGACUUAAUGCCAAAUUUGCAGUUGCUCUACCUGAACAACAAUCUUCUACGAAGUUUGCCAGCCUAUAUUUUUGCUGGUGCACCACUUGCUAGACUGAAUCUGAGGAACAAUCACUUCAUGUAUUUACCUGUAAGUGGUGUUCUUGAUCAGCUAAAGUCUCUUACACAAAUAGAUUUGGAAGGUAAUCCGUGGGACUGCACUUGUGAUUUAGUUGCUUUAAAACUCUGGCUUGAGAAGCUAAAUGACGGUAUUGUGGUGAAGGAAUUGAAAUGUGAGACACCUGUGCAGUUUGCUAACAUAGAACUUAAGUCUCUGAAAAAUGAGAUUCUCUGUCCUAAACUUUUAAACAAGCCAUCUGCUCUGUUCACUAGUCCCAUGCCUGCUGUUAUUUUUACAACACCCCCGGGACCAGUCCGGAGCCCUCCUGGUGGCCCAGUUCCAUUGUCCAUCCUAAUCCUGAGCAUAUUGGUUGUGCUGAUUUUAACGGUGUUUGUUGCUUUUUGUCUUCUUGUUUUUGUGCUUCGGCGCAACAAAAAACCAACCAUAAAGCAUGAAGGGAUUGGAAACCAAGAGUGCAGUUCUAUGCAACUGCAGCUAAGAAAGCACGAUCACAAGUCAAACAAAAAAGAUGGACUGGGUGCAGAGGCCUUCAUUCCUCAGACCAUUGAGCAGAUGAGCAAAACUCAUACCUGUGGCUUGAAAGAGUCUGAAACAGGCUUCACGUUUGCUGACCCACCAGGGCAAAAAGUCAUUCUGAGAAAUAUGAACGACAAGGAGAAAGAUUUAUUGCAUGUGGAUUCCAGAAAAAGACUUAGCACAAUCGAUGAACUGGAUGAGUUAUUCCCUGGAAGGGAUUCCAAUGUAUUUAUUCAAAAUUUUCUUGAAAGUAAAAAGGAAUACAACAGCAUAGGGGUCAGUGGCUUUGAAAUACGUUACCCAGAGAAACUGCAAGACAAAAAAGCCAAGAAAUCUCUAAUAGGUGGUAAUCAUAGUAAAAUUGUAGUAGAACAAAGAAAAAGUGAAUAUUUUGAACUAAAAGCUAAACUUCAAGGUUCACCUGACUACCUACAAGUCCUUGAAGAACAAACAGCUUUGAAUAAAAUAUAGGUCAUACAAUCUUAUUGCCUACAGAGGACAUUUAUUUAAUGAUGAAAGUGCCUUUUGUUGACUUUUAACUUCCAAAUACUAUAUUAUAUUGAUAGGCAUAGAGGCAGGUGUAUCCAAGGGUGUCUGAUUAACUGUAGCUGCGUAUGAUUUGUCAAGUAAGGAGAAUUUCCUUAGUAGAUUUUAUUCCAUAAAGCUCAUGCCCUGUGGAAUCCUGUAGGGAUACUGCAAACUCUAUUGCCAAAGGGAUGCUUUAUACACGUUACACUGAAUUUAACCUCAAGAGGCAUAUAUGUUUUGUAUCUCAAAUGCAAACCAUCGUCUCCUUGUGAUUUGUUAGUACAAACACAAGAAACCUGGUACUGAUAUUUGUACUUCAGUUGGGUCCUUCAUCCUGCACGUGGAUUUAAGUUGGUGGAACUGGAGUAAUCCUUUGAUUUGUGGUGUUCUAAUGGCACUGUUUAAAGCUUACCUGGAAAGUAACAAGCAUGCAAAGAGAGAACAUUCAAUAGUAUGUGUAAAUUGGUUACAUUUAUGGGCUGCAUCUUGAAACCACUGGAAUUAUAAUGAUAAAUUGUGUUUAAAAUAUACCAUGCAUUACAUACCUAUGAAAUAAAUCUGACCACUUGAAGCAUACAUGUCUAUACAGAAAAUUUAAAAAAAAAAAAGAAAGAAAGAAAA